AAUCUGUACAAUACGGCACGUUCAAAUUAAAGCUUAGACGAUCACUGAUGACACCCACACCUGGAUUAGAGGCAGGUGUAAUUUAAAAAUAACUCGUCACAUUUUUCCUCAAUCUAACAUUUCAACCCGGCUCUUUUACAUAUCCAUAUCACAAUGGAUUUAAAAUUGAGAAACUCUUCCUUGCAAAAUUUUUACAACUAAUUUCUCAGAAUUCUUCCAUAUCAAACACAACAAAAUGUUUUGUCGAAUCUGUUGCAACAAACAAAUAAACGCGUAUUUAUAUCUCCACAAUCUUAAUCCGGCCAUAAAUUCGGGCAAUUUUAACCCUUUAAGUUGUAAACCACAUCGCGAGACAAUGGCACAUACUCUCACGGCCAUCCGCAAUCAUACUUUUGGUCGCCCAGUCUUAAAUCACGGCUAAAUUACAAAGUUUUGCUUAAUUGGGUGAUAUAUAAACGUGUCGAAAUAAAGCUGAAUAUAAACCCGUGUCCGAGACGAAGUUUUGGUACAGUUCCCUAAUUCCGAGAGAAAUUAUCCUCCUCCCAAAAUGGUAAUGUUUUUCGUAAAUUUCCUAAUAUUUUCGUCCCUAACUGCUGGGAUUCUCGCAAUCUCGGCCAAAGUGGACCUCUCCCAAGUUUCGGACGGGUACAGGGGACAGAUCCAUGUCGAAAAUGGGGAUAGCGUUCAGCUUAAUUUGAAAAAAUCGAUUGCCCCCGUGUUCCACCCCAAUUUCAAAAUUACCUCGAUUUCUGGGAACAUUCAGACCGAUGUGACCCCACCCGUCGAGGUUUUGGAGGGGAUAGAAAAUUCCAUAUUUGAAGAUCCCGAGAAUGGAGCAGUUCUGAGAGUGGGGCAGGAUGGGACUGAGCUGCACGGAAUUGUGGGCAACAUGAGAAUAAAGAAGGUCGACGGGGCCCAUGAAAUUUCGCACGUUACCGACCACGUCGACAAAGGCGGGAAGACCGACUACCGAAAUAUUCCUGGCGACACACAGGACUGGCUUCAACCAAAUUUCACCAGGUCCUCCUCGAGCCGAAUCGGUAUUCAAGCCAUGGCCACCGUUGAGCUCCUGAUUUUCGUCGAUUUCGCCACCUACACACUUUUCGGCGCCGAUAUUGCCCGAAUUGCCGAAUACAAGGCACUUUUUAUUAAGGGAGUCAGCUCCAUUUUUGCCACCAACGCAGAUCCAACCGUCACUCUGCAGAUUGUCACAAUGAUUGUUAUAACGUCUCCCGCCGACCAACCGUUCGUCGAAAAUAAUAAAGCCGGUGGGGUGAUAGUUUCAUUGGAGGGAAUUUUCUUCGACUUUAAUACCUACCUCGUCGCUAACGCCGCUAAUCACCCCGGUUACGACGUGGCCGCCUUAAUGACCGCGGAGGCCGUCGGGCCUGAGGAGCCGAUCGGGAUUGCCUUCGUGGGCGGAGGGUGCAACCCCCUCUAUAAAGGGACCGUCAGUCAGGAUCGUUUCGCCAGUUUUAUCGGAGUCCGUCUCCUCGCCCAUGAACUUGGACACAAGUUGGGGUCCGACCAUGACGGCGAGUUGGGCGGGGCCGCCUGUUCACAACAAGACCGCUACAUUAUGCAUCCCGUCAUAGGUCCGCUCGGUGGGGAAAAUCGGUUCCGGUUUAGCGAAUGUAGUAAAAGAAUGAUGCAAAAUUUCUUAAGUCUACCCCGAGCGUCCUGCCUUUCCACAAAGAAUUUUCUCGGAACGCCCUGGAGCUCGCCGCCCAACUUGCCAGGAGAUUUGGUCGACUUGAACGCCAUCUGUAGGAACGUUAUCGGCAGACCGAAUGCCGCCGUGGAUCCGACCGCGAGACCAGAUCAACUUUGUUCCAAUGUGCGGUGCCAGUGGGUCGCGCCUUGCAACCCGCCCAUCGACAUGGCUAGCUGUACUAUGACGACAGAUUUAGGAACUCCCGGGCCAGAUGGGGCUCCCUGUGGGGCAAAUGGGAAAUGUCAACUGGGCAGAUGUGUCGGGGUCGAGGGUCCUGUACAGCCCCCUCCAGUCCCGUUUACCUGCAAGGUCGAGGGCACCUUUAAGCACGACAAUUGUCGCCAAUACUACAGAUGUGUCAAAAUUGGGGCAUCUUUAUACACCUAUGUUAUGACCUGUCCAAGUGGAUCCUACUUUAACGCUGGUACGAGUAAAUGUGUUCUCGGAAAUUGUUAAUAGAACAAUACAUUAUUCAGAUCCGGAGUCGCUACUAAAAUUAGAAUUUAUUAUCAUAGUUAAUAGUUGAGUAAUAAGUGGAACAAAUAUCUUA